AUGGGCACCAUCACCCGCAUCCUUUCACGGCCCGUCAACAAGCCGUUCCGAACGAAGCAUCUCCGUCAGCACGACAAAGAUGUGCCCCCUUACCUCAACGCCAACGGCAAUGUCGACUUCGGCCCCGGCGACGUCGAGAACCCGCACAACUGGUCGACGGCCCGCCGCUGGGGCGUCACCGUCGCUGCCGUCAUGCUCGUCAUGAACGCCACCUUUGCUUCUUCCUCCCCGAGCGGCUGCCUACCGAGCAUCGCCGGCGAGUUCGGAAUCUCCGUCGAGGCCGCCGGCCUCACCAUCAGCCUCUUCCUCCUCGGCUACUGUGCCGGCCCGCUCGUUUUUGCGCCUUUGAGCGAGCUCUACGGCCGCCGCUGGAUCUUCUACAUCACCUUCACCCUCUACAUUGCCUUUAAUUUUCUCUGCGCCUUCGCUCCGACCUUUGCAAGCCUCCUCGUCGGCCGCUUCAUCACCGGAACGCUCGUCUCCGCGCCCUUGAGUAACGCUCCCGGCGUCCUCGCUGACCUCUGGGACCCGCUCGAGAGAGGCAACGCCAUGGCCGGCUUCUCUGCCAUGGUCUGGAUCGGCCCCGCUCUCGGGCCCGUCAUUUCCGGCUUUCUCCAGCUCACGAGGAACUGGCGAUGGAGCUUCUACGUUCUCAUCUGGCUCGGCGCCGCUACCUGGCUCCUCAUGCUGACCAUACCCGAAACGCACGGCCCAACCAUCCUCCGUCACAAAGCCGAGCGCAUCCGCGAGGCCGCCCUGCCCGGCUACGAGGACGUCAAGGCCCCUGCCGAGGAGCAGGACCGAUCCCUCCGAACCGUCUACAAGGUGGCCUUGACGAGGCCAUGGAUUAUCCUCUUCGACCCCAUCUCCUUCCUCUGUGCCAUUUAUCUGGCCGUCGUCUACACCUUGCUUUACAUGCUCUUCAGCAUCUACCCCAUCGUCUUCCAGGAGAAGCGCGGAUGGAACGCCGGUGUCGGCCAGCUGCCCUUGAUCGGAACCGUCGUCGGCGCCGUCAUCGGCAGCCUCGUCGUCCUCUACGAUACCCGACGCCACGUCAAGAAGGUCGAGAACGGUACGCUCAGCGUCGCCGAUCUGGAGCCGGAGCAUCGCCUGCCGCUCGGCAUGGUCGGCGGCGUCGGCUUCGCCAUUACCAUGUUCUGGCUCGCCUGGUCGGCCGAGUUCAAUUCCGUCCACUGGAUCGUUCCGACCCUAGCAGGCGUCUUCCUCUCGGCCUCCCUGCUGCUCAUCUUCGUCGCCUACCUCGGCUACCUCGUCGAUACGUACCUCAUGUACGCCGCUUCCGCCAUCGCCGCCAACACCAUCUUCCGCUCUGCAUGUGGUGCGGCCGCACCGCUCUUCACGCACCAAAUGUUUGACGCCAUGGGUGUUGGCGGUGGAGGUAGCCUCAUCGCCGCCGUUGCGACCGUCCUAGCCAUCAUCCCCUUCAUGUUCUACAAGUACGGCAAGCGCAUCCGCGCCCGUAGCAGGUUCGCGCCGACCAAGGCGAAGAUGGAGCUGAAGGUGGCGGACGAAGAGGCUCCGCGUGCAACGGAUGUUGACUCUGGGAGUCAGUCCCACGGCGAGAGCGAAGUGAGUUCAACAGCACCGACGAAGCCGAGUACGCCGCCCGGGGGGGAGGGUGAGCUUGAGCGGAUUGACGUAGCCCCUGUCCCGAGCGCAGGAGAAAAAGAGACAGCCGGUUGA